UAAGCCAUGGUUUUCCGUAAGGGUUUGUCUGGAAGGAUGUCUGGCUAGCAGUGUCCAUGAUGAAGUUGCUGCGUGCAAAAUGUAUCAGCCUUGAAAGGGGAAAAUGUCCGUUUUCUUAAUUGUAGAGAAAACCAUGUGGAUGGGAAUUACACCAGGACCAAGAAAUUAAAACUGCAGUAUAAAGUGGCUGCCAAGGUGCCCUUCAGGCGAAUACAAUUUGUAGUCGAGAGAGCAAUUCACUCUGCAGAAACUUUUUUUUUUCACUUCUUCUUUGCAUUUUUGUUUUCAGUCACCCUCCAAAGUCCAUUUAAUGUACAGCGAAUAAAGUCAACUUGAAUAAUACAGACCAUUUUGCCAAUGAUGUUUUUGUGGUGUUGAUUAUAAAUAUACUGUAAACAGCCCUUUUACUAAAAAUGCAAACGCUUUACGAUAUUUCGUCAGUCAUCUGUUUCCCUAAAGUUGACCUACUUACAAGGUUAAAACGUUUUUUAAAUUGCUUACAAUGUUAAAGAUGUUUAUGAAGGAGAAAUCACAAAUGGAGAAUUAGUGCCGGGAUUUGGAAUAAAUGGAAAAUGCUUGUUUAGUGGUUCUUUCUUCUGGUUUUAUUGAGUGGUGUGUGUUCGAUCUGUGUCAUUUUAUAAGCAUUCACUUCCAAUCCCCCUUAAAGAUUAAUCAUCGAUGUUUAGUUAUUUUUAUUUAUUUAUUCAACUUCGCCUAACUAAAGUACUUCUAUACAUAGAAUUUGUAUUAGGCAGGGAGACCACUGCUGCCUAGCCAAUUACAGUGGAUCUCUCGUUAAUCAGAAUUAAACUAAAGCUACUCAUAUAUAAACAAGAAAAAUCAAAAGGAAACUAAACAGAAGUUCAAAUUGCUAGAAACAGCACGACGGCGGGCUCAGAAGAGUCCUCGCUAUGUUGCACCUGGGACAGAUUGUUCUCCAGCGUCUUAUGUAGUUCUUAUCUCACGUAUAUACCAUAAAAAGCAGCACACUUGACCAUAGAGUUAACUACCAUGAGUUAACUGAAACUGUUUGCUUGGUUCUGUUUUCAGUCAAGAGGUAACAGCAGUUCUUCAUCUAAUGGUCACGAUAUGCAAUCAAUUAGGAAUAUGGAAGGAAACGAAGUGUGUGUGGACUGUGGCGCGCCGAGUCCUGACUGGGCGUCACUGAACCUUGGAGCUUUGAUGUGUAUAGAAUGUUCUGGAAUUCACAGAAAUCUUGGAACACACGUGUCUAGAGUACGAUCUCUAGACCUGGACGAAUGGCCAUCUGAGCUCACAGCUGUGAUCAGCGCAAUUGGAAACACACUUGCUAACAGCGUGUGGGAAGGAAAGCUACAAAACAGGACGAAACCAACCCCGUCUUCUUCAAGAGAAGAGAAAGAAAAAUGGGUCCGAGCGAAAUACGAGGGGAAAGAGUUUCUUCGAGAAUUACCGCCGUGUGAUUUUUCACUGGGCGAGGUAAGUGAUGUAACUUACUAAAUUAAUUGAGGAAGACAAGUAGAACAAGAGCACUUAGAAACAGUAACAAGAAUUUGUCAGGACCGUUUGUUGGAAGGAGAUGGAGCCAUUGCAGUUGGUGGAUGAAUGGUGGAUUACUGGUUCGGUAUUCGGCGCAUUGGCUGCCGAUGCAUUUGUUGGUGCUCAAUCGUCACUUUUUGCCAUUUUGAGAAGUAAGGGUGAGUGCUACUG